ACGGGCAACUGCUUGAGCCUACUUACUCGGACACCGGCCAAGCCCCACGGUUGCCCCUCCACGGACCCCAACACGCCGGCCGGUGUUGACGACAUACUUGUAUACCUUCUGCUUUUCCCUACCAUCCAUCCUGCCUCCCCUUCUUCCUUUAAACAGCCCUCCAGAAUCAGUGCCAUCUCUCGCGCCUUUCUGCUCAAACUUCCACUCAAGAAUCUAUACACCUGUGCCCCGCACUGACGCAACACCCUCCUCGAUAGCUAUAUCGGAUACCAUCUGAGCUGCCACAAUGCCUGGUUUCUCGCAGGCUACUGAAUUGAGCGCCUGGAAAGCUCUCCAGGAGCACCACAACACUCUGGGCAAGAAUAUUGUCCUGAAGGAAUAUUUCGAGAAGGACCCGAAGCGCUUCGAGAAGUUCAGCCGGACCUUCCAGAAUUCUGCGGAUAACAAGGAGAUCCUGUUCGACUUCUCCAAGAACUUCAUCACCGAUGAGACACUCGCCCUUCUCGUGAAGCUCGCCAAGGAGGCCAACUUGGAGCAGCUUCGCGAUGACAUGUUCAAGGGAGAGCCCAUCAAUUUCACGGAAAACCGUGCCGUCUACCACGUCGCCCUGCGCAAUGUUACCAACCAGCCCAUGCAGGUCAAUGGCAAGAGCGUCGUUGAGGAAGUCAACUCCGUCCUCGAGCACAUGAAGGAAUUCUCUGAGCAGGUGAGAAGUGGCGAGUGGAAGGGUUACACUGGCAAGAAGAUUAAGACUGUCAUCAACAUUGGUAUCGGAGGCUCUGAUCUGGGUCCUGUUAUGGUCACAGAAGCUCUCAAGGCCUAUGCCGACCGAAGCCUGACCAUGCACUUUGUCUCCAACAUUGAUGGAACCCACAUUGCAGAGGCCCUCAAGGAGUCGGACCCCGAAACGACUCUGUUCCUCAUUGCCUCCAAGACCUUCACCACCGCUGAGACCAUCACAAAUGCCAACACUGCCAAGGCGUGGUUCUUGGAGACGGCCAAGGACGAUUCCGCUAUCGCUAAGCACUUCGUUGCUCUCUCGACUAACGAGGCGGAGGUCACCAAGUUCGGUAUCGACAAGAAGAACAUGUUCGGCUUCGAGUCGUGGGUCGGUGGUCGUUACUCUGUCUGGAGUGCCAUUGGUCUCUCCGUGGCCAUCUACAUUGGCUUCGACAACUUCCACGAGUUCCUCGCCGGUGCUCACGCCAUGGACAAGCACUUCCGCGAGACCCCUCUUGAGCAGAAUAUCCCCGUCAUCGGUGGUCUUCUGAGUGUCUGGUACAGCGACUUCUUCGGUGCCCAGACGCACCUGGUCGCUCCUUUCGACCAGUACCUGCACCGUUUCCCUGCCUACCUGCAGCAGCUUUCAAUGGAGAGCAACGGCAAGGCCAUUACUCGCUCCGGUGACUACGUGAAGUACACCACGGGUGCUAUCCUCUUCGGUGAACCUGCCACCAACGCCCAGCACAGUUUCUUCCAGCUGCUGCACCAGGGUACCAAGCUUAUCCCCGCCGACUUCCUCAUCGCCGCCGAGUCUCACAACCCGGUUGAGGGUGGCAAGCAUCAGGUCAUGCUGGCCUCCAACUUCCUUGCCCAGUCCGAGGCUCUGAUGAUUGGCAAGACCCCUGAGCAGGUCAAGGCUGAGGGUACACCUGAGCCACUGGUUCCCCACAAGACCUUCCUUGGAAACCGCCCCACGACCUCCAUCCUGGCUCAGAAGAUCACCCCUGGAGCUCUGGGGGCUCUGAUCGCGUACUACGAGCACGUCACCUUCACUGAGGGUGCCAUCUGGAACAUUAACUCUUUCGACCAGUGGGGUGUCGAGCUGGGCAAGGUCCUGGCAAAGAAGAUCCAGAAGGAGCUGGAGACCCCUGGUGCUGGCAGCGACCACGAUCCUUCCACCAGCGGUCUUCUCUUCGCAUUCAAGAAGAAGGCCAACCUGGCAUAGAGUGUGCCCCCUCUACAUGGUUGAGAAAGAUGAUAAAAAUAUGUUUGUAACGCAGAGACGAACGGAUUUCUUCCCUCUAGCCUUUCAAGGAAUGUGAUAGCUUUCCGUCUACUGAACAAGAUGCCCACAACCAAUUAGUAUAUCUAAUAUCUUAGUUUCCAGAAAUAAACCGAUUAUUUUCAUUACCUUC